AUGGAAAGCUCGACACUUAUAAAUGAGUUCAACCAAUCUACUGCGGCUACUCCCAUGCCAGAGCUCAGUCCUGAACAGAAGAAUGCGAUAUCUUGGACCAUUUGCUUUUGGGAAAAUCUUCAUCACAGAAAAGGCUUCAAAUCUGGUAUUUUGAUAGGGUUAGUGGGGCAACUAAUUCUGAUGCCGUGCUUAGCUUUUCUUGCAAUCACUAUCGGCAAAUUGGACAACGCUAUUUCACUAGCAAUUAUUAUCCAGGGUUGCUGUCCUGGAUCAGCUGUUUUGAAUCUUUUCUCCGCUUAUUGUGAUGGCAACGCGAUACUAGCACAAACUCUCACUUCAGUUGGUACUAUUAUGGCACUCGGGCUGAUGCCUCUGUACCUGAAGAUCUACCACAGUAACCUGAUGGACCCGACGGCUUGCGAAAACGGCGUUUGUCCCGAAAUUCCGUACGGGCCCAUUUGUCGGACGCUUUCCAUUCUACUCCUUGGCUUGUCAAUUGGAAUAACAAUACGAUAUUUGAUCAUGCGGUAUAAUAAGAAGCUUAGAAUUCUCAAGAUGUUUGUCAAGUUUGGAACGGUUCUCGGCUUUCUCGUCAUAGUGACAUUCAUCAUUUUAUAUGCAAUUUAUUUUACUUGGGAUUUUGGAACAGAAGUCUGGAUUAUUACAGCAACUAUGCCUCUAUGUAUAAUACGGGAUCAUGAGAUUGCGGCAUUUUUUGAGGACCUUUCCAGUUACAUUCCUCAGCUUCUCCUUGAAAAUGCGGAUUCAAUCUACGACAUUAGUACUUUUAUUUUCAAAUUGGAACGCCAGAAAAUUGAAGAACCAUUCUUUUUCGAUAGGUUUUCAUGA